GGCAUUGCUUAUCUGUAAAGCUUGCACGCUACACAUAAAAUUUCUAUGAGAAUUAAAAUUUUUUUAACAAAAUAUAUACAUGUAGUGUAAACGUUUUUGAAAGUAGUUCUUUUUUUAAAGGAACUUUCUCUUUUUCGAAAACAAUAAAAUUUCUUUGAAGCUCAACGGGACUCUCAGGUAAUACAUUCCUCUGUUAUAAGAGCAUUUUUAUUGAUACUAUUGCGCACAGCAAUUAAGACAAAAAAAGAUAUUCAUUUCAGGCAAUUUGAAGAGCAUGCAGGGAUCGUUGGGUUUAUCUAUUUUUUUUCACUCAGUUUCAUUUGCUGAAUCCGAAAAUCAUAGUAAAAAUAAUCUUAGUAUCCGGGAAAAUUUUUGAGACAUAUUUUAAACAGAAGAAAGCAACGAUUGAUUUUAUCACUUUCUCGAGUCAUAACAAAGGAAUGUUUUACCUGAAAGUCCCAUUGAGCUUCAAAGAAAUUUCAUUGUUUCCGAAGAAAAGAAAGUUUCUUUAAGAAAAAAAUUAUUUUCGGAAACCUUUACAUUACAUGUAUAUAUUUUUUGUGUUCUCAGUUUCGUUUCUCUUUCGGGCGUAUUGUUACAUGGCAACUAGUAUAGUGGGAGAAAGUAUAAGACCUUUAGGUUUUCAGGUAAGGAUUUCAAAAUAAGAGUGGACAGAGAGUGGAAGACUUCUGUAGUGUACAUAAAACACGCACUUGUGCUCUCUGCAAUCGGCAGACACAUAGGAACAGUAUCGCAGUAGAUCGGUGUGCUUUUAAAAGCAGGGAAUUAAUUACACGCAAAUAAUUUGUUGCGAAUAUAUCUUAAAUUACAUUAUUUUGUUGUGUUUUACUGAUUUUUUUUCGUAAUGGCUACGAUAAUGUGCUUAUCUCAGGAGGUGAUUACCAUUAUUCUCGGCUACAAUGAUAUCAGUGUUGAAGAUAUCAUUAACUUUAGAUGUGUGUGCAAGCAAUUCCGGUGGGCAGCCAAAUAUGAAAAACAGGGGAAAUUUCUAAUCAACCCUGUACAAUGUCAAAAAAAUCAGUCUUUGGAACGGGUUGUUACUAUGGUGGCACAAUGGCUGCAACCUGAAAAAGAUGUUUUUUACUCGUGCAUAAAAGCAUCAUUAGAUAGUAUCGCACUAGGGGUACUGAAUUGCCUCAGAGAAAAACAUCCCGACCAUUCGAUAUUCUCGACGUCCGCUGAAAUGUUUUCAUAUUGGAAAAACAACAAUAUCGACGAUAAUCAUUGGAACGAAGCAGAAGGAAUGCAGAUUAUAGAUACACUGGAAGAAUAUAUAUUUAGCAAAUUAAACUUUCGAUCAAGCAAAUGGGACGACACCAAUUUAGAAUACAUGUGUAUAGAUAAUGUCUUAAAAAACAAAUAUGGCCAAGAAUACAUUUUAUUAAUAAUAUAUCACAGCGUGGCUAGAAGACUUGGUCUACGUUGCAAUGUAAUGUGCAUCAAAAGAUGUCAGGAUCAGGGUAAUUACUUUUGUAUCGCUUGGAAACCAAACUAUGCCACGAAUAAUUCAGAAAAUAUAAGAUGUUUUAACAUAAGUUUUAAGAAAUUCCCGGAUUGUCUUGUGUCCAACCAAAUGUUACAUUUUAGCACUCUUAUUAGAACACUUUCACCUGAAGAUUUCGAUGAAUCACAAGUUAUGAAUCUAAUGAUGGAAGCAACUAAACGGUUUUGGGACAUAUUGGUUUGGCAAAUAGUUUUCAAACUGAUGCAGUCUGAAAAAUAUGAUUGCGUUUUUGGGAUUAUGCCGGAUGGAACGUUUGACUAUACUGAAUACGACAAUUUUAAUAUGCUUGACCUUCGCGUUAAAGAAACAGAACUGCUACACACAAGACCAGAGGACGUAAAAUUUGCGGUUGGAAUGAUAGUAACACAUCAACCUACAGAUUGUGCCGGCGUAAUAGUUGGAUGGCAACGACAUCUUGAUAGACGACAUCUUGUCACAAUCUCCGCAAACAAUGUGCCGGGCUCUUAUAUACACAUGUAUAAAUUGCCGUUGAAUCACUGUCGUAAUUAUAAUUUUAUAAAGCAACAAACAAAUUACAUCAUUCUUACCGAAAAUAAUCAAAUUUGUUACGUGGAAGAAGAUGUUAUAACUUUAACAACGCCAAAAUGGAUCAAUAAUAGCGAAAUAGGUCGCUAUUUUUGUAAAUUCGAAGGCACGCAUUACGUACCAAAUAAAAUGCUGGCGAGAUUUUACCCGCAGGACGCCGCUAUAACUGCCCAGACAACAUUACCUGAAAAUUAAUAGUAUAAAAAUUACUUCGUGCAAUAUUUAGAAUGUACAAAAUUUAUACCAAAUAUAAUAUGAUAAAACUAAUAAUAAAUAAAAGGCUCUUCUAAAUGUAACAAACAGAUUAAGAAAAUGGCAAUAAGAGUCAUGCGCAGUAAUUAUGGCGCAUAUAUUUUAUUUAAAUAACUGUGAGUCAUAGAGAGUACGUACCUUUUGAUCCUUUCUUCGGAUCAUCUUCAGCGCAAACAAAUAAUAAAUUAACAAACAAAAAAAAUAAAAAUAAAAAUGGCAAUCAAAAUAUAAAAAAGGAAAUUAUAAAAAAUUAAGUCAAGUUAAUGUCUCUGACGUCAUCGUUUCCACGUAAAAUUUUCUUAGAGGUGCGGAGUUCGACACAGCACGUUCAAAUUGCGACGCUUCUCGAUUGAUAGGCCAAAAGGCACAGACAAAAUGACAUAAUCGGUCUCAGUAAAAUUAACAUGUUUGAGUUUAGAUGAGACUGUAACGAGAACGUUGAAGCACACACGGUAAAGAACGAGAGAUAAAGAUUAUUUUAAAACUAGAUGUAACUUACAGAUCUGUGUGAUAAACAAUAGAAAACAACGCACGCAAUUAUAAACUUGAUAAUUAUGGUGAACGCAGACUAACGGAUGUAAGAUAAUAGAAUAUGUCGCUGAGACGUUCAAAGAAACAAUAACAGUUAUAUUUCAAUUUCACAUUAAACCAAGGCGAAAAAAUGAAGCAUUGUGUAUAAUGAUACAUACAGUCGAAAAUAGCGUGAUAUUUAAAGUUUUCGAAGCUUGUCGAUAAUAUACAUGUAGGCCUCAGAUAAACAUUCCGUGUCAGUCUAGAUUUAAACUUUAAACCAUUACGUUGUCUUUUUAUUCACCAUUUCCGAGAUCAAUAUUUUAUUAAAAAAGGGUUCGUCAUCCAAAACCUUCACCCCGUCCCAGUCAAAAUCGUGGUUGAAUUCACGUCUGUGAUCUGUCUGUUAUAACUGACAAUGAGUAUUAGAAGUGUUCUUUCUAAUAUGAUU